AUGUCACCGGUUUCAUCAUUUUCCAACUUUCUUCUUGCUUUAUUAGUUACUGUCUGUUCUGAAAACGAAUGGCAUAUUGGUGUGAUAUAUGAUGAUGUAUUCGAUCAAGUAAAUUAUAAUCUAACUGAUUUGUUCCUGGCACUGAAACCAACACUUGAACACUAUGCUGAUAUUUCUACAAGAAAUUCUACUUUACCUAGAUCUCAAAAAUUCAAAUUUACUAUUGAGAAGUUCUUUAUUAACCAAUUGUGCAACUUCAUAAACCAUGGUGUACAUUUAGUUCUGAGUUUGACAGCAUGUUCAAUAGCUGAAUAUUUAGAAAGUGAGGCAUAUCGUUAUCAUCUACCUCAUGUUGCUAUACCAAGACCUGCAUGCGAAGAGAAACAGACAACAAAAGUUACAGAAACAACAACUAUAUGGAUUCAAACAGAUCCUUUUCGAAUGGCCAAAGCUUUUUUGGAAAUCAGUGAAAUGGAACGAGCUUCACAUGCUCUUAUCUUAGCCGAUGGACUUACUGCUAUUAUCCCAAUCAUAUAUGACAUUACAUUGAGAAGGAAAAUUGAUAAUAAAAGAUUUUACACAGAUUUCUCAACUCAAUUAUUUACAUUAAACAAAUGUAUAAAUUCAUAUAACUCAUUUAAUAAAAUCACAUUAGAUCAAUUUAUUGAAAGUUUGGCGGUAAUUCAAUCAAAUAUUACCAUAACAAAAUCUUAUUUAACGCAUAUAUUUCUAAUUCAUACAAAACCUUAUCAUCAUUUAGAUUACUUUAGAAAAGUUUUGGAGAAAUCUAACAUAACAAAGAACUACUAUUGGAUUUUUAAUGAAAUUCCUGAUGUGCCUAUUAGAGAUCUAUUAAAUCUUAUUGCUUCAUCAAAUGUUGACAAAAUGAAAGUGGGAUUUUUUCGACAAUUUCCUGUGUUAAAUUUUGACGAUCUGUUAAAACAUGAAUUGCAAAAGGGCACUCAGUUAUUGAUUAAAUCUGCAUUGCAUGGAGAAACGCAUAGUUUGCCUGAACGUGUAACUAUUACUGCUUAUAUGAUAAUGAUAAGUAGUCAGAUAGCAACUUUUAUAAAAUCAUUUAACAGUUCAUACUUGAAUCGUAAUGGUCUAAGUUGUCAUCAAAUCAAUCCAAUUGUAGAUGACUUUGGUGGUAGGUUGUUUUAUAACUUUCUAAGUCAUAGGUCUGGGACUAAUAUCUGGAAAUCUUUAUGGUUUUACUCACUUGAAACGUUUGAUGAUGCAAUGAAAAAUUUUAUAUCCACUGCUCAUUACACUCCUGAUGACAAUAUGAAACUUACAAGUAAAGGAAUGAAAAUUAAGCAAAGAAGCUUGGAAAGUGGCCUAUUUCCAACUGUAUUUCAGUCAUUUAAUAAUAAAAUCCUUCGAAUAUCAACAAUUAUCGAUCCUCCAUUUGUUGUGACUGGUCAGGUAAUUGAAAACAGAGAAAUAAUCAACGCUACAGGAUUUGCAAUCGAUAUACUAAAUGAACUGGCUAUGCAUUUCAAUUUUAGUUAUCGUCUUUUCGUACCACAGAAUGGUACGUAUGGCUCACUGGAUGAAAAAGGAGAUUGGGAUGGUAUGAUGGGUGAAUUAGUAAAUGGACGAGUUGAUAUGAUAGCUGCCGGUUUAACAAUCAAUCCAAGAAGAUCAAAUUAUGUGGAAUUUAUUGGUCCUAUUCUUGAAGAUACAGUUGGAAUACUUGUAAAACCAUCGACAGCAAAUUAUCUUUUCUUUCAAAUGUUUCAUUUAUUUCAAAUUAAUGUUUGGAUAGCAAUUACUAGUUCAGUGAUUAUUCUUGGAAUAACAGUUUGGUUAUUCAAUAGGUAUAGUCCAUUCAGUGGAUGGAAUUUACAACUUCCAGAAGCUAACUCAAAUGAAGUAUCUCUUUCUUAUAAUUUAUGGAUUUCACUAAGUUGUAUGCUUUUACAAGGACAAGAAGGUAGAUUAUUCUGUUUUUCGUCACGCACAUUAUGCUUAAUGUAUUGGUUUAUGAUUUUAAUUGUACACGCUAUAUGGCAGGCUGAUUUAACAGCAUUUCUAACAAAAAACAAUCUUGAACUUCCAAUUAGUUCGUUAAAGGACUUAGCACACAAUGAUAAGAUUAUAAUAUUAACUAUGAAAGGAACUAGUACAUACAAUAUGUUUCAGGUCUCAGUAAAUAAUACAUUUUAUGAAUCCAUAUAUAGAAAGCUGGUUGCAAAUCCUGUUAAUGUAUAUAGUACAGGUGAAGCAGUGAAGCUGGUGAUCAAGUUUGAUAAUUAUGUCUAUAUAACUGAAAAAUUAUUUCUUAUGAGUGUACUACAAUCAGAGGAAUGUUCAAAUCUGGAAGUGAUAGAAGAACCUGGGAUUGUAGCCGCUCUUGGAUUCGCUGUGCAACUUGGAAAAGAAUAUGCAAAACCUAUGUCAUCUUAUGUACUAAUCUUAAGAGAGCGAGGCAUAAUCAACAAAUUCAUGGUAAAAUGGAAUAUGACUUCUGAUGUUGAUCCAAUGGAUGUGCAAUACCAAGCUCUGACAAUAUGGAAUGUCGCUGGGGCAUUCAUCGUCACCUCAGUAUUUAUUGGGAUAAGUCUGUUUAUUCUACUCGUUGAAUGUAUAUGGUAUAAAUGGAGAAAUAGAAAAAAUAUAGACACUAACAAUAAUAAUAAUAAUAAUAAUAAUAAUAAUAAUAAUAAUAAUGGUAGAUAA